AACGAAGGGCCAUAGGUAAAUGGAAGAAUAGUCUGCAAAACAAGAGGAAGGGCCACCUCUUUAACUCCCUCCUUCACUCCCCUCACGCUUUAAAUUUGUUCUGACCGUUGCACUUCUCUCCCCCUCUUCAAUAGCAGAGUUUGUGAAUCAAAGUAGCUGACUCUUCUUCCUUCACUUGGGAGUUUCGCAUUUUCAACACCAAUAAGCAAGGACGUUUUAUUGAUAAGAAUUCCAUCUUUGGAAGCUUUGUUGUGAAGAGUGGGAGAGGUAGAAAAAACAGUACAAAAAUGGGAUGUACUACAUCCAAGGUGGAUAGUCAAGAAGCCGUCCAGCUUUGUAAAAAUAGGAAGAUGUUCAUUGAACAAGCAGUGGAAUAUAGAUCACAGUUUGCUUCUGGUCACAUUGCUUAUAUUGAGUCUAUGUUGAGAGUCUCUUCUGCUCUUCGAGAUUAUGUUGAUGGUGAAGGAUAUGAUAAGUUCUUGGUUGAUGCAUUCACAACCCCAACUUUUACACCAGUCAACAAAUUAAACUCGGGCUUCAUCUCCAUAUCAUCUAAAUCCUUCAACUUGAAAGCAUUGCAGUCUGGAAACAGUUCUGCUUUGAAAGUUAAUUACUGCAAGUCAGGUGGGAGUCCAUCUGUUACCGUGGAGGAGAAACCUCAAUCACCUGAAACGCUCAGACUUAAGGCUUAUUCCCCUGUCCAUCAGUAUGGAAUGGAUAGCUUCUUUGCCAUGCAAUCUGUACCGAUUAGUUCUUCAUUUUUUCAUUCCUCUCCCAACAACAGGCCCAAUUUCUCCUCAUGUUCACCCCAAAGUACCCAGUGGGAUUCGUUCUGGGAUCCAUUUUCUUCACUAGAUUACUAUGGUUAUCCCGUGACAAGUAGUCUUGACCGGACCAUUUUGGGUGGAGAUAUUGGGUUAAGCAAUGUUCGAAAGGAAGAAGGCAUCCCUGGUGUAGUAGAACAUAUUGGCUGUCUGGAAAAUUCAAAAGAAAAGACUGAAGUCCUUAAAAGCUGCGAUAAAGAAGUUGUGGUUGAAGAUGUUAAUGAUCAUGACAGUGAGUGUGAUAAAAUUGAUUCCGGCCACAUAGCCCAAGAUUUGCAACCCAAUGAGAAUAAUAAUACACCAGUGUCAAGUACCCAGAAUCAUGGCCAACCCAGUUGCCAACAGACCACACUGGCUGAUUGUGAAGCAAAGAAGCACAUUCCAGAGUUUACCGUAUAUCUCAAAACAGAACCAACAACUAUGGAAGAAGCUGUUAAGGAUCUUGAUGCACAGUUUAGAAUUGCUUGUAAUGCGGCUGAAGCGGUGUCAGUUAUGUUGGAGGCUACCAAGGCUUGUGAUUCAUCAAUUUCAAAUGAUCUAAUAUCAACAAACAUGUUGAAACCAGUAGCCUUGGUGACUCCUGGACCUGCAAAAUCAUUUUCAUCCAAAAAUUUUAUGAAUCCAUUAAUUAUAGAUGGUGAUAAUAAUGGAAGCAGUGGUGACUUCUCUGAUGACUCCAGGUUUUGUCGUAGUCAUCAGUCAACCUUGGACAGAUUGCAGCUCUGGGAGAAGAAACUUUACGAGGAAGUCAGAGCAGCAGAACGUACACGGCUUGCAUAUGAAAAGAAGUGUGCACAACUCAAAAAUCAAGAAGAGAACAAUGCUGGUCUUCCUUUAAUUAAUAAAACAAGAGCAGCUAUUGGGGUUUUGUUUGCUCAGAUUAAAGUUUCUAUGCAUACUGUUGAAACUAUUUCGGAAAGGAUUGAGACUUUAAGGGAUGAAGAACUUCAGCCUCAGCUAUUACAAUUGAUGCAAGGGUUAGGUAAAAUGUGGAAGGUGAUGACAGAUAGCCAUCAAUUGCAGAAAUGUACAAUAGAUGCAGCUAAAAUAAAGCUCCAUGGUUCUAUCACACCAUCACAAGAAUCUUUAGUCAAGAAUUAUACUAAAGGGUCACCACCUUCUGAACCACACAAGCUGCACCGUUUAGUGGCUAACCUUGAGGCUGAGCUAAGAAACUGGCGUGCCUGCUUCGAGACAUGGAUUGUUUCUCAACGCUCAUACUUGCACGCGCUAACAGGGUGGCUCUUAUGUUGUUUGAAUGCAAAUCCCAUAACACAAAAGCAACAAUUUUAUUCUCCUGGUUGCUCUGUGGGAGCUCUAACAAUACUCAACAUUUGUGUCCAAUGGUCAAAGCUUCUUGACUCUGUCAACGAAGUCCCGGUACUCAUUGGAUUGGACUUCUUAAUCUCAGGCAUUGUUUCUCUAUAUCCGCAACAUCUGGGUAGAAGAGAUACUAAUAGUAGGGUGGUUGAAGCUGGGAAACCUUGUGAGGAGGAGGAGGAGGCCGCAGAAAAGAUGGUUGAUGCUGCCAAUGAUGUGGUUUGUUCAGGGAUGUCUGUAUCAGUCGGCGCACUAACAGAUUUUGCAACUAUUGUAGCACAAGGAUAUGCUGACCUGCUCACGAAUUGGGAGGUAAAAUAUGAAUGUGAUGAAAAGCACAACUACUAAGGGAUUGUAACUCAUUGUGGGGUUAUCUAUUUUAUUUAUUGUUUGGAUAGUUAGCAUUGAAUUGGUUGAAUGGGAAUUGUGCAUCCUAGUACUAGAUAGAGAAUAUCCUCAUUACUUGGUGAUCAAUUUUUUGUUUUUGAAGAAUGCACAAAGCGAUGUGGUAUUAAGUAUUGUACUAUACUGAUGGCGUUUUGCUAAGAAAAGAUCGCAUAAAUGAGUAGUUUGUAACCGUGUAU